ACUAACGAUGACGGGGGCGCAUCUCCUAUCAAGGAAACCAGAACAUGCCUUAUCGCAAUUUUGCUGAAACUGACAUUCUGUGUAGUGCCUUUCUCUUAGUCUUGUAGACAUCUUGAUGAAGACCAGUUCGAACUGCGGACUUUAUAGAAUGCGGUGUCUUCUUCGAGACCAGGGUGAUCAACGGAAUGCGCGCCAGUCAGGGGAUGUUCCCCUGGAUGGUGCGGCUUUUGGUUUACCUCAAUGGAUCGUCUCCUGCAACGUGCGGAGGCGCCGUCAUCACGCGCUGGCACAUCCUAACUGCCGGCCACUGCGUCGUCAGAAACCAGCAGUUGAUACCGAGGAUAGAAGGCAUAUACGGCGCAGUCGACACGACAUCGAAGUACGCGACUCGAACACAGAUCGCCGCAGUGGCCGUGCAUCCUCGCUUCUCGGAGGAUGAGUACCACGACGACAUCGCCAUUCUAAAGGUGCCCCAGGCUUUCAACUUCGGCCCCUAUAUCAAGCCUGUCUGCCUCGACUUCGAGCUGGGUGACCUGACCGGCAAGGCGGUCACCGUGGCUGGCUGGGGAGUCCAGAAAAGCAGCCGGGGUCCGUCGGAUAAGCUGCGCUACACGAAGCUGCAAGUUCUGCAGCAGUCCGAGUGUGAGCAGAAGCUGCAGUCGUACAAGUUCAACAAGUCCAGCAUGAUGUGCGCCUACGCAGAGGACACAGACGCCUGCCAGGGGGAUUCUGGUUCGGCCGUGAUGUUCCGCAAAGGACCACGCUACAUCCAAGUGGGAAUCGUGUCCCACGGUGUCGGCUGCGCACAGGGCAUGCCGGGAAUCUACGUGCCAGUCAGCGUCUACAAGGAGUGGAUACUACAGACCAUCGCCGACGAGAGCGCCUUCAAGCCCAUCAUUGGCCAGAAUAUGGUUUAGAUGAAACCGCGCGUGAAUAGG